UCCCGGUGCUCCGCGCCCGUUCGGGGGCCUCGGCGGCGGCCGGGACCCCCCCCCCCCCCGUCCCGUUUCCCGUUAACACCAACCCGGGACCAUGGCGGAGGCGGCGGACACCGGCGGCUGCGGCACCGCCACCGUCACCGAGACCGGUGCCGCCGAGCCGGAGAACCGGAGCCUGACCCUGAAGCUGCGCAAGCGGAAGCCGGACAAGAAGGUGGAGUGGUCCAGUGACACCGUGGACAACGAGCACCUGGGCCGCCGCUCCUCCAAGUGCUGCUGCAUCUAUGAGAAGCCGCGAGCGUUCGGGGAGAGCUCGACCGAGAGCGAGGAGGAGGAGGAGGAAGAGGAGGAGGAAGCAGCGCGGGGGGCGGCCAGGGGGGGGCACGAUGGUUGUGGCCACCUCCAUUGCAUCAGGGGACACAAACGGGGGCAGAGGCAGCGCGGGGGGGACACGGGGGGGCCCCAAGCGCAACCCCCUGGGCCCCUGACCCCGAUGGAGCACUGAGGAGUCCCCUAUGGAGGCUCAUGGAUAACCCCCCCCCCCCCAUCACUGA